AUGAGCACUUCACCAACUAAAACUCCAGAGAGAAAGGGCAUUCUUUCUUUUUUUCAAAAUGUGACAACGAUUGACAGUAGGAAAAACUCACCAUCAUCUGUAACCAAAGCAAAGAAAGAGAAAGUAAUCAAUUUGGACAGUGAUGAAAAUGAAGACAUUACCAAAAAAAGUGGCCAGGAACCGAAAGUGUUGAGCGAGUCAGACGCGAUUGCUGAGACUACGGCAAUCACUAAUAUUGAGGAAUCUGGUGAACUUGACGAACCUCCCAUAAUUAAUGAGGUUCAGGCGACAAGGAUUGGUAAGGUGUCAACACCGUCGAUGUCAGAAGAGUCUGAGACCACAAAUGCGAAUAAGACGGUAAUUCCUUCAACGUCCGAAGAAGCAGACCCUGUGAAGGCAGAUAAAAUAGCAACAUCCUCGGUCUCAGAGGCUAUUGAUCAACAAAAUGAGAAACAGGAAGACUCUUCUAGCGUGGAAGAGGAUUUAUCGAUUGGAAUCUCGGCCACAACUUCAGAUACCACUACAGGCAAAGAAAGUAAACUAACCAAGAAAGAACUUGCUGCUCAGAAAAGAGAACAACAAAAGAAGGAAAAGGAGUUAAAGAAGCAGGAGCGUGAAAGGCAGCGUGAAGAAGAAAGAAGGAAGAAAGAAGAGAAACUAAAGGAAGAAAAACGCAAGAGAGAAGAAUUGAGAAAGCAGAAAGAGGAAGAAAAAUUGAAACGUGAGGCUGCUAAGCUGGAGGCUAAGAGGCAAAGAGAAUUAGAAAGACGCCAACGUGAAGAGGAGAAACAAAAAAGAGAGGAGGAAAAGAAAAUAAAGGCAGAGGCCAAAGAGAGGGCCCAGUCACGUAUUGGUAAUUUCUUUCGCAAAGUUAAUGACUCAAAUAAUAAGCUGAGUGAAAAAUCAGAUUAUGAGAAGCAUUUUCUUCCGUUUUAUGCAAGAGGUGGUGUAGAAGUUUGUAAGAGUCACAUUCUACCAUUGCCUUUACUUGAAGAAAGAAAAUCGAAAAUUGAUGGCUUCUUCACCGAAACAUUGAGAAGUAGCGAGGAUAUUCAUGAGUGGCUUCAAGCUAGACGCUCUACUAGAGGAUACAAGAUCAAGUACACAGCUGUUGAUGUUCUUCAGAAGAUAACGGCAAAGGAGAAAACUGAUGAAGAGUUGCAAACACUAUUGUCAUUGGUUCCACAGAAAUACAUUAAAUUCUAUGAAAACGUUAGACCUCCAUUUAUUGGAACAUAUUCCAAGAAUGUAAUGCUCCCCAAAGAUGAUCCAUUUUCAAAGGAAGGAACGGGAUAUAAUUAUGAAUAUGAUUCUGAUAUGGAAUGGGUAAAUGAAGAGGAAGAAGAUGGUGACGGUGGUGGAAUAGAUAAUCUUGAAAGUGGAGAAGAGGAUGAUGAUGAUGACGAUGAUGACGAUGAGGAUGAGGCAAGUGAGGGCGAAUUUGAUGGAUUUUUAGAUUCUGAAGAAAAUGGCCAUAACCUACCAAAUGGAAAAAGAAAAUUUGUCGGCCCACUGAUACCCACAGUUAAUUUAAGAAAUAACAUGGAGGAUAUGGAUACUGAUGUCAAGAACUAUUUCGAGCUUACGGCAGUGGCAUAUUUGAUUGAAGAAUUGCCAUUCCCAGUUGAUCCCUACAAGGAAUACUCUGGAGCACGUUUGGAGGAAGCUGAUAACAAAAGAACAAUUACUGAUAUGCAAGGAACUGCAACAGAACAACACACCCCGAAUCAAUCGCCCGACAAGAAGAAACCUAAAUCCCUGAUUACCGAACCUAAAGAUUUAUUGAAGCUUUUUGAUGAGAUACAAGACUGUACAUUUUCUUUAAAUACGAUGACGGAAAUUGUUCAAAAAACUCUUCCUAACUACAAUAAGCAAACAAUUAAAAAUACAGUAAAAGAAUAUGCGGUUAGGAGUACAGGCAAGGGCGAAACGCCGCGGAAAUGGGAUGUGAAAGAAACGUCAUGCUGGUCUGAACUUCGUGCAAAAACUAAUACCUAG